AUGGCUACAAGAAAUCCGGAGAAAAACGGUCAGAACAGUCUCCCUUUCGCAGCACUGAAGCUGCUGGCGCCUCCUGUGCGGUUGGUGUCCGCUGCUUUGUGGAAAGUGAUGAAGGAGAGGGACGUGCUGCAGUAUGGGAUUGUGGAGGAAUUUGUGACCUCUGCCUGUGACACAGUUCCUGGACUGCUCACUUUGAGACACCAAGCUAAACUGACCUUGGGAUUCAGAGCACGGUUCAUCUUGGAGUUGUGCCUUAAGGAGCCUGACCCAAAAACCAUUGCGGUGCAUAUGAAACGGAUUCAAGUGAAUGUCUCCCCUUCCUCCUCGGUUGUAAAUAUGAAAAGGGAUCUUAAAAUUCAAGAGGCUGUGGAAAACUUCCAUGGGCUAGUUCAAGAGUUGCUUACAGACAAGACAAAACGGGACACGUUUUAUAAGGAACAAUUUCCAGUUGAGUUUGGACCAAAAUAUGACCAGGAAUUGGAGAAGCUGCUCUGGGAGUUUUUGAUCCGUUUAGACACUCUACUUCCUGUUCCAAAUCUAGCACAGACUGUGUCAUGGCUCAGCGAGGCACCACCUGUCUUGGAGGAGUGUGCUCGGGCAGCCACACAGCCACAGCUUCUUAAGGUUCUUCUUCAGCAUCAGAGUUGCAUUGGUCACCUGGAGACAGCAGCCGCUCUUCCUCCAAAUAUGGGAGAUUCCAUCCUUGCUUCGCUUUCCCUUCUACCCUCUGGAAAACAGCCAUCAAAUGAAGCAACAGAAUUUGGCCCCACAGACGAUACAGAGAAUAAAGAAAAUACUCCAAACCACCCUAGUUCACAAGGAUCAUCGUCACAACACAAGAGCGUAGAACAGCAAAACCUGACUGGAGAAAAUGAAGAUUAUGUUGCAGAUUCUGAAGAUGAAGGAACAAAAAACUUUAAAGGACGGCUUUUUGCCAAACGUUACUGCAAAACCAAGCAUGGCACUUACGUUCCUACUUUGAGGGAGUAUUGGAAACCUCGUGCAGAGAGGCGCACGCUGUUUGUUCCUCAUUGUAAACAGCGGUAA